UACUUUAAAUUGUCACAGACCUAAUAAAAGGUAAAUUCUAUAAAUCUGGCAUUCCCCUGCCCCGACGGCCAGUUACGUUUUGAAAUUUUAAUGUUACUUAGGAACUAAAGAACCCAAAAUAAUAAAAAUAGUUCUCAAUUUUAAUUCGUCUGAGACACAAACCAAGAAAAAUGUUUGAUCAAAGCUAUUGACAUUUGACAGCUUCUGACUUGUGUAAAGGUGUCUGGUGUAGCAUUAGUCUGUGUUUUCGUGAUUUUGUGGUGUAGUUGUCUAAGAUCAUGGGAGACGGGCAAAGUGAAAAUCAACCACUGUUAAGAGACGAAGAAGAGAAUGUGAGUACAAUAUCGCCGAUCGGGCCUGAUGAGUUGCCUCCGCCGUACCAGCAGGCAGGCUUGCCGAUGGUAACAUGUCGCGUUUGCCAGGCCAUGAUAGAUAUAUCCGGCAAACGGGAGCAGCAUGUCGUCAAAUGUUCAGAGUGCAAUGAAGCAACCCCAAUAAGAAACGCCCCACCUGGGAAGAAGUAUGUGCGUUGUCCAUGUAACUGCCUGCUGAUAUGCAAAUCCUCAUCUCAGCGCAUAGCAUGUCCCCGUGCGGACUGCAAGAGGAUCAUCAACCUAGCACCGUCACCAGUGACUCCGCCUGUGCCUGCUGUGCCUGGCAUGUGCCGGGUUGUUUGUGCACAUUGCCAGGACACUUUCUUGUACCAGUUGUUGAAGAACGCGCCCGUUCGCUGCCCGCACUGCCGGAAGGUGUCAUCAGUAGGGCAGCGAAUGGCGCGAGUGAGGGGCAUAAUCUUUGCAGUGCUCGCGCUCAUUUGCCUCGUCAUCGCGCUCGGAGUCACCCUCGGCACGCUCUCGGCAGCCAAGACGCAUGGCGGAGGCAUCUACGUAGCAUACGUCGGUGCCUUCGUCAUUGCCUUCGUUUUAGCCAGUCGGGCCAUUUAUUACUUCGCCAUGAAAGUCAGUUCUAUCGAGGGACCCAUGUAAGUGAUCGACGGCGAUGUAUUGUGAUACCCGCUCUACACUCAGCGUCGCUGCCGCGAAUUCAUACUGCGUACACUGGAACAGUAUAGCUCGUGCGCAUUCACUUGACGCCUGGCUCGAAUGACGUUUGUUUAUAUUACUGAGUGAAAAAAGUUUCGGUUUAUUAUUGUCCGACUGAAUAACGGGUUCCGCUGUAAUUAAUGGUAUACUUAUUAAUAUAAUAUAGUGUAUAGUAUAUUUAAAAAAAACAGCGUCGAUCGCUCCCAAACGCAUACAUCCACAUUAUUUGUCCCAGAGUGGUCAAAACUCAGUUACUUUCAUACGAAAAAAAUACCUUAUAGUAAGUAAGUUUCAGUUUCGGCCGGAACUGGGACUGAUGCCGAGACUCGGUUUUUGUUUCGAUUUCGUGCACUGGUGAUUACUGUGAUGCUAACGCUAUUUAGCACCUUCGCGCGGGGAAGCGAGAAGAAAGUUGGGAAGAAGAAGAAAUACUUUAUCGAAAAUAAUUAAAAAACUUACAAAUGAAUAAUUUAAACUUAGGAUUUAUUGCUAUAAGCAAUCUCUACCCGGCAACGAGACGAAAGGACUUGCGAAGAUAGUAGAGUUUUAAGCCAGGUGUCAAGUUAAUUUGCACGAGUUAUUCAUUCGUGUUCGCGCGCCGCCGAGUCGCAAACUCUUUGAAGCACGACAAAAUAGCGAAACCGAUCGGGGACCGCCUUAAACGGCCUCCACACUCACAGUUUACGCCGUACACGCGAUCGCGUAGUGUAGAGCGGGCCUUAUAGUGUGACUAGGAAAUAUUUCGAUUCCAUAUUUGCAUUACAUAUACACAUAUAUUGUAGGAUCUAUUAGAUAAAUUGCGUAAUAACCUUUAUAUUGUGAAAAAAUAGACUGUGUUAUACGUUAUUUUUUUUUUUGUUUCUAUGACAUUGGUAUGUGAUAGGUGGAGCCGCACUAUCGAAGUGAAUAGGGAUGAUGACAGUUUUUUAAAUUGUAAAUGAAUUAAGAGUAACAGUAAAGCAAUUUUGUAAAAGUAACAGGGUAUCUGCGAUCAUUACUUUCGGAGCUACAGGGAUUUAAAGGGUCAGAUUUGCGGCGUUGCCGCGGAUCCCUGAAAAACGCUCAAUACAAAAUGGUACGAACUAUUGACGUCGUAUGUACGUAAUGAUCGUUAAAUUUGUAUGGACGUUCAAACAAAAUUACUAAUAUCUUUGUUAUUUGUGCGUUUAUUUUUAUAGUUCAAAUAUUAAAAAAUGUCACAUUUAAUGUUAGGAAGCUAAAACUGUAUGAACUUUCAUCUAAUUACGAUAAAAGAUUUUUAAUAGAUUUGAAAUUUUAUAAUCUUAUUUAUUUUGCAAAUAUCCAGUCAAUCUUUGCUUUUUAUGAAUAAAUUAGUUAACAUUGACCUUAUUUACCUGAAUGUCUCAUAAAAAUCAAUAUAUUCAAACCUAGUCAUCAUCCCCAUUGAUUUUCGUAGAUUGGAGAAAAUGAAAAUAAUUUUGGAAAUAAUGAAAAUAUUUUCCAUAAUUUAUGUCGAAAUCGAAAAACCUAUGAUGGCUUGACUCAUUGUGCAUUACGGCUUAAGUUUUUGAGUAAAAUUCAGAAUUGACCGAUAGUGUUGUGCUCGCUUAUAGAUAUAGGUUUGCAUGGACAUAUAAUAAAUAAAGAUUACAUUUAUCUUGACUGUUAUAAAUAUUAUGAUUCAAUUUAUAAUAUCUAUUUUAGCAUUAGCAUGCAUUCCGAAAAUAUUAUCAUAAUUAUAACACGUUAAUUACUAAUUGCAUAAGACGAAAUAAAAAGCUAAAUAAAGCUUGUAUCGUAAAGUUUUGUUAAAUAAAUUAGUGUUUAUUUUUAAUUUGCUCGAGGAACAAUUUUAACAUGAGAAAAAAAAAUGUUAAUGUAUAUAAUCAAUUUAAAUUGGUACCGUUAAAUAUCGUAAUUUUAAACAAAUGCUGCUUACUGAAUAUAAUAGCUUAAUAUCAUAAUUUUCUUUUUUUCAAAAACGUUUCAAUCAUUCUUUCGACGUUUGAUUAUGUUAUUAGUUAUUACGACUAACUUGAUACACUUAUGCUUACUCUAUAUUUUAGCUAUUGUCAUUAAGUUUCUUUUGUCAGAACAUCAUUUUAGAUCGUAGUUUCUCAUUUUUAUAUAUUUUAUAAUAAUCGUAGUGAAACGAAAGAUAAUAUAAUAUAAUAUAUUGGUAAGUUAUGAUUUUAUUGUACACAAAACUCUUGAAUAUUAUAACUUAAAAUAUCAUAAUACUAUGUAAGCUGGGCAUAAUACUAUGUAAGUUCGUUGAUGAAACUCCCAUGAUAUGCGGGCGACAGUGGGAAAUACUGCGCGGGUGUGAAAUCGUGCGUGCGGAGAAGUGAGGUGCAUCAGUCGUGGGGUUUUCAUUCAUCGCUACACGCCCCCCGCCCCGCGCGGACCAUCGGAAGUGUUACGAACGAAGUUGCCGAGCUAUACCUGUCUAUGUGAGCAUGAGAUAGAGAUAAAAUAGAAGAUGCUAAAUUAUCUCAUUUAAAACUAAGUGUGAUACUUUUAAUGUCAAACCAUAUUAAGUAGAGUAAUUGAAAAAAAAAAUUGCAAACAAUUGGGAAUAUGCAUGUAUUUUUAAUCUAUUUCUGUUCUCAUAGAACUAUGGUAAAAGUAAAACUCCGAGAUAAUACAUAAUCAUUGUCUUCAAAGAAAACUGUGACAUAUUUCAAGCAUUUAAAUGGUAAUAGGGAACAGCAAGGAAUUUGUUGGUUGGAGGAAUAUUGCUUCUGAAUAGGGGACUUUACUCGCGUCAUCCGAGUGCUUUAAAUAAUACGUGAAGCUAUAAGCCUUUCAGUACCUAGAGCUUGAAAAUGUUUGGACUUUAUUAAUGGAUACGUAUGAGAAACAUUAUAAAAUCCCAGCGGAUGUCACUCUUUCGAGAUCUAGACCAGACAUUUUUCUUUUGUCCAAACAAACCAAGCGAAUAGUACUUACUGUAGGAGACUAACAUUUCGAAGGAUCGCAGUAUAAAAGUGAAUAAAUAUUAUGAGCUAACAAAUGAACUAACUAAAAAUGGCUAUGUCGUUAGUCUGUACUGUCUGUGAAGUAGGUGCGAGAGGAUUACCAGCAAAAUCUCUAACUUGCUUAAAGACCUUUGCCCCUCAAGAACUGCAGCAAGUUUUAUAUUAGAACGGGUAUCCAUGGAUUGCUAAGAUAUAUAAGAGACGGGUCUCAUCGCCAUAUUAGUGACCGUAGACUAUAGCGUCAAAGACACUGUUAUAAUGGUUGCCUGAAUUUGUUUACGUGGAAAAUGACGUCACAUAAGAACGGACCAAUAGCAAAUGUUUCACUAGUAUUGAUGAUUUUACACACUUUUUAAUAAAUUAAAUUCACAAUUGAAACAGUUAAUUAAUAAAAUAUUGUUUUGAGUACUAAUAGGGAAUACAAAAAUUGUCUUAUUUACGUGCAAAUACCCUAUAGAAACAAAGUUUUGUGUACAGUUAGUUAGUCAUUAACUCCACUCGUUGUCUUAGAAAAAAAAAUGUGUGUCAGCUCCGACGCACGAAUGGAGUUUACUCUUUCAGAUCGACUGUCUUAACAGGUGUAUGUUGCCCCGCAGCAUACACUAUGUACGUCUCAAUAACUACGCCUGAAAAGUGAAAGGUGCGCAACCGAGGAGCAGCAGGCCGCGGUAUGCGCGCCCGCCACAGCGUGCGUGCGGUAGCGUUGGGCAGCAGCGCACGGUGAAAGGUGCGCAGAAUAGGUUGCGCACAAAAAACGUAACGCUGUCAUUCGUUCAUCGAUUUUUACUGCUCACAUUUUAUUCAUACCGGGGGCUAUUUGAGAAAAAUCGAUUCUUAAGGAGUAAACUCCAAAAAUCGUAGAAGUGUGAUAAUUGAUAAUUUUUUUUGAAGUGUGACAUAUUAUAAAAGCACAUUGGUCUCUCAUAUUUUAGUACAUUGAUAAGAUGUUUUUUUAAUUUGUAAGUCUUCUUAUACAUAUUUUAUUGUUUAGUCAUGCCUUGACUAAGGGUUCAUUUACACGAGAGGCAACUCCACCGACGACCGCAGUCGACUGCAGUCGGUGACGUCUCGGCGGCAAGCGACGGCGUCGCCAACUGCAGUCGUCUCUCGGCGGCGGUCGCCGCCUGAAAUCGAGUGCCGUUGGCUGCCGCCGAGAUGUCGCCGACUGCAGUCGACUACGGUCGUCGGUAGCAGCUGCCGCUCGUGUAAAUGAACACUAACACUUAAUUCGGAUAUUUAAAUUAAACGUUUUAUUAUAUUAACAAAGCUAUAGCGCCUGAAACAAUACCUAGCUGUAAGUCCGUCAUAGUUGAGCUCGUUUAUAAAAUUAAAAAAUGCUAUUAUAAUAUAUGCUUCUCCGGCAUCUUUGUCAGUCCGCCAUAUUGGUUUGGUUUUAGAACGAAGUCACUUAUAGCUUGGCCAGUUCGUUGAUGACACUCCCAUGAUUUGCGGGCGACGGGAGGGGAAUGACUGCGUGGGUAUGAAGUCGUGCGCGCGGGGCAUCGCUACCCCGGCCCCCGCGGACCAUCGGGAGUGCUACGAACGAAUUUGCCAAGCCUAGCACUAUCACUAUACUCGUACUUACGUUCAAGCAUGCUAUUACGAUGUCGAGCUUCUGAAUUUUGGCGGGACGGAAGGACGAUUUCUGUAUUCUAAAACAGGGCUUUAUUUAAGUUUUUUGAUGCUAAUGAGCCUUUUCCUCUAAUGGUUUUAAAAAAAUCCGCUAGAGGCAGUUCCGUUAGAGCUAAAAGGCUCAUUGAGUUACACAUAAUAAAAGUGAGUAAUAUUAAUUAUAUACGUAUAUCUAAUAAUUCUUACAUUUGUAACAUUGUAUUGAUUUGGUUGUCUGCAAAUUAAACACAAGUUGACAAGCCUUAUGUUGAAAUAGUUGGUUUAUUCGCUUACUCGAUGGACUUUCGAAGGAAAGUCGUCAUUUAACAGAGAAUUUAAAAAAAAAUACGCAGCGUACUUACCUGCUAUGUAAAAACCAUAACGGCUUUAUUUAUAAACAUGGAUUAGGAUUUAAAACUCAAAUUUCUUUAAAGUAAAGUGAACUUUAGUCAAUAGUGAUUAGAUCCACUUUACUUAAAAGAAAAUCAGGCGGGUUAGUGGGUAAGUGUUGAACAUAUUGAAUAUUUUCUGAAAGCGAUCGAGUUAGCGAAUAGCUGACCUGCCAAUUUAUAGGUAUUACUACUGUAAAGCCGAAUUAUGACCCAAAGUGUAAUACGUGCUCACAUACAUUUAAGAUAACAUGCUUUGCGGUGACCUUGAAUAUGAGAUUAAACGUAUUAAGUUUUAAAACAGGGUAAAAGCGAAAUUCUAAUUUUUAAGUUCACAAUUUCCACUCAAAAGUCUAUGAAUUGUCUUUAGGUUUUUAUUUUAUUACAAUAGCAACUUGCAAGUGUCACAAAAUUCUAUCACGAUAAACCCGAACGCAAACUUAGUAAAUAUUGGACGAGUAGACCUAAAAUGUGCAUCUCAACACAAAAGAAAGACAAAAUUCGACCAAUAGCGGCGCAAUCGAAUAUUCCGUUCUCCCUUUCGCUGCAUUAAAUAGAACGAGAGAGCUUCAAUUCUGCCGCUAUUUGUUGACAACAUGUCUUUAUUUUUAGGAGAUGUGUCUUUUACGUAUGCAAAACCCACAAGUAGAUAUUAAACUGGUAAUCAAAUUUUUUUUAAUUAAUUUAAAGCUUUAAAUAUUGUAUAAUGUUUAAUUGCAAUAUAAUAUGACAAUUCUCCCAUAUGUACUCAGAUAAUAGUUGUCGUUUGUGUUGUGGUUUUUCUUUUGUCAUAUACAUAUUAUAUUAUGUUAAGAGACAGCAUAACUCAUCAGCAGUAUAAAAAUGUUGAAUUAAAAAAAAAAAAUAUGUAUGUAUAUUAUUUCUAGUCUACAAAUAACUUUAAAAAUUUAAAACCUAUUAAUCCGUAUUAUUAAUAUUAUAAAUGCGAAAGUAAGUCUGUUUGUCUGUAUGUUACCUAACACGAAACCGCUUUGGAUGAAAUUUGAUAUAGACUUUAUUUUAUUAUAUUCUUUCCAAGUUAGCCCUUGACUACAAUCUCCUGAUGGUAAGUGAUGAUGGAAGUUGGCUAAAUUGUUAGGAGUAGGAUGAAAAUCCACAUUCAAUACGAUUCAAUACGACAUCGUACCGGAACGCUCAAUCGAUUGGCGGUGUGUCUUUGUCGGUAUGGUGGAAACUAGCCACGGCCGAAGCUUCCCACCAGCCAAAAUUGGACUCUGAGGCAGUACAAAGGCUACUUUCUUCUCGGAAAAAUCCGAACGAACGAAUCCACGAAUGGAGUCGCGGGCGUUUGCUUGUUUCAAAUACAUACAUUACAUACCAAAUUGCAAAAUGAAUUUAUAAUUUACUGAGCGCAAACUCAGAAUUUGCCAGAAUUUUCUUUUCAAUUAGAGAAUUUUAAGAGUUCUUCGACACUAUUAAUUGUUUUUAUUAAUUUCUACCUACUUAUAUCUUUUAUGUAAUAUGUAUUUUUAAAUUAUGACUUUAUUCGUGUUUUCAAAAUUUGUUACAGCUUUAUGCAUAUAAUUAGUUUUAAGUCAAAUAAAGGUACCUACAUUUAAAA